AUUGGUCCGGAUGCGGGCUCCGGGCUGGCGGGAGGAGGCUGCUGCGCGGAGUGUGACAGCUUUGCAGCGGCUGAGCGCAGCUUGAGUCGCCGGCUGCUCAGCGGGGAGCCUCCUCUUCCUCCUCUUCCUCCUCUCUAAUCUCUCCUCACACAUAUUAUUCAUGCUGCCGGAUAAAGAAAAGCAGUGAAAGCCUCCUGGGGGUGGGGGGGAGGCGGGUUUCGUGCGAUGCCUGAGCCGGGACCUGAUGCGCACUGACCCGCAGCGUCGCUCCGCUGUCCGCACGUUGUUCCUCCGGCGCGUCCUCGACGCACCUGCCCGAGCGCGCCCGGCACCUGCAGGAGCCCGUGGAGGGAUGUCGCGAUGCUGUGCUCACGCAGAACUAAAACUUUGGUGUCGACGUGCGUGAUCCUCAGCGGCAUGACCAACAUCGUGUGCCUGCUGUACGUCGGCUGGAUCACCAACUACGUGGCCAACGGCGGACACAAAGUUGCGGAGAGCGGCGGCGGCGACGAGGCGCAGAGAAAGUUGGAGGAGGACGGGAAAGGAGAAACCCUGAGGAUUAUGGAGAGACUGGACCGACUGGAGAGCGUGGUCAACGAGCACAUUAAAGACACGCCUCUGAAGGACGGUGAGGACGCCGCGUCUUCCUCAGACCUGGCCUCGGACCCCGCCCUCUCGCUCUUCAAACACUGGGGUCACGACCUGGGUCCCGAGAGUCGAAGGGUCGCCCUCAAGAAGUUCCGUUACUAUGGCUACAAUGGUUACCUUAGCGACCGCAUCUCCCUCACUCGGCCGAUUGCAGAUCUGCGACCUGACGGCUGCAGAAACCUGUCGUAUUCAUCCGACCUUCCUCAGCUCAGCAUCAUCUUCAUCUUCGUGAACGAGGCCCUGUCGGUGCUGCUGCGCUCCGUCCACACGGCCAUCCAGCGGACGCCGUCUCACCUGCUCAAAGAGAUCAUCCUGGUGGACGACCACAGCAGCAGCUUGGAGCUGAAGGAGCACCUGCAGACCUUUGUGGACGAGACCAACACGCAGCACGGCCCAGACUUCAUCAAGGUGGUCCACCAUGACAAGCAGGAGGGCCUCAUCCGGUCCAGGGUCCGGGGCUGGAGAGCCGCCUCCGCCCCCGUGGUCGCUCUGUUCGACGCACACGUGGAGUUCAACAUCGGAUGGGCCGAACCCAUCCUGCAGCGGAUAAAGGAGGAUCGGACCCGCGUGGUCUCUCCCUCGUUCGACAACAUCAAGUACGACACCUUCGAGAUCGAGGAGUACCCGCUGUCCGCUCAGGGCUUCGACUGGGAGCUGUGGUGUCGGUACCUCAACCCGCCCAAGUCCUGGUGGACGCAGCGCAACCAAACGGCCCCGAUCAGGAGCCCUGCUCUGAUUGGCUGCUUCGUGGUGGACAGGAAGUACUUUGAGGAGAUCGGCCUGCUCGACGAAGGCAUGGAAAUUUACGGCGGAGAAAACGUGGAGCUCGGCAUCAGGGUGUGGCAGUGUGGCGGCAGCGUGGAGGUCCUGCCCUGCUCGAGGAUCGCCCACAUCGAGCGCGCCCACAAGCCCUACACGGAGAACCUGACGGUGCACGUGCGUCGCAACGCUCUGAGGGUGGCGGAGGUGUGGAUGGACCAGCACAAGAGUCACGUCUACAUGGCCUGGAACGUUCCACUGCAGAACUCGGGAAUCGACAUCGGGGACAUCUCCGAGCGAAAGGCCCUGAGAUCCAGACUCCGCUGUCGACCGUUCAGCUGGUUCCUCGCCAACAUCUACCCCGAGCUCCGGUCCUACAGCAACACAGUCGCUUACGGAGUGCUGAAGAACAGUCUGAGAGACGACCUGUGUCUGGACCAGGGACCCGACUCCGACAACGUCCCCAUCAUGUAUCUGUGUCACGGGAUGACACCGCAGCAGAACGUGUACUACACCAGCUCCCAGCAGCUCCACCUGGGGGUCCUGAGUCCCACCAUCGACGACGAUGACAACAAGUGCGUGGUGGACGUGAACAGCCGGCCCCGGCUCCUGGAGUGCAGCUACGCAGCGACCAAGCACAUGAAGCUCACCUGGACGCUCACUCAGGGCGGCUCCAUCCAGAACAGCGAGUCUCAGCGCUGUCUGGAGCUGGUGGAGAGCAAACAGUCGGAGUUCGGCUUCCAGCUCGCCAUCCAGGACUGCGGCGCCCAGAAAUGGACCAUCACGAACAUACUGACCGUCCUGCCGCAGUGAGCGCAGGGGACGCCACGCAGGGGACGCCACGCAGGGGAUGCCUCCGCUGUCAUGGACGUUCAAGAGGAGAACUCAAUGGCUUCAAACCAAAAAAACAAACUGACCCAGAUCUGAGAUGGAUCCUCGCGGAGUUCUGGUUCACGAGUCCAGUUAGAGGCGGACGAACAGGAUUUGCUUCAAUCAGACGCAGAACAUCAGUGAGUCCAUAACCGUUUUAUACCAGUGACCUGAGAGUCUCUGGGUCCAGGGGACAGGAGCCGGCCUGUGGGGUCUUUUUGGCCCCUGUCUGGAACGUGAGACGGGGGGGGGCCAGUCUCAUCGCACAAUCACCAACACAAAUUGAGCGAGCGUGGUUUUAAUAUCUUUGUGUUGAGCGGGAGAAACGCACGGUUCCAGAUAAAUCUAACAACUUUACGAUCCAAGCUCUGCGACAGGUUUUUCAGUUUCAGCGUCACAGACGACUCGACUCGGAGCGGGGGAGCUGGUAGAUUCUCCUCAGGACGGAGGAUUUCCCCUCUGACGCUGUUAUAUCUGUGGGUUCAGAGACGGAGCGGGAGGCUGUGGACUUCCUGUUCGCUCGUACAACACCAGCACAGAACACGACGGUGGCUGAUGCAGCAGCAAUAAUGAUGAUAGAUCUUGAUCGAACCUGAGCAGCAGAGUGAACGUGAUUUUAGAAUUUUAGAGUUCAAAGUCCCAAAGAUAUUAUGAAACAAAUUUUUAUUAAAACGUCUAAAAACAAAUAGAUGUUAUAUAUUCUGUUGACUUGGGUUCUUACAUCAUCCAAAAUGUUCCGACAAGUUUCAAACCCGGAGAAAUCCCCAGUUUUACUCGAGGUUACAGGACGUUUGGUCUUUAAUUGUGUUUUAACCUCUUUACUUGUGUCUCUGUUGUUCUAGUUUGACAAAGGAGAAACUAACUGUUAGCCUGUUAACCAGUUAGCCUGUAAACCAGUUAGCCUGUUAACCAGUUAGCCUGUUAGCCAGUUAGCCAGUCGGCUGUUUGUGUUGGUAACUCAUGAUUUAUCACAAUUAUCUGUCGCCGUUUGCUACGUUACGUGAAUAAAUCUUUAACACGUGACCUCUUCGUCAGGUAGAUUUUCAUCGGCAAUGGUCCUGAAGACAACAACUCCCAUAAUUCCACGCUGCUUUACGAUGUCUGUUAAUUGUUUUGACUGAGAGACCCCUUGUGGCCAAAGUUAUAUAUCGUACGUUUCAAUGAAAGAUUAUGAACCAGUCCCAAACCAAACUUUCUGGUUAUUUAUAGAAAUUUUGUGUGUAUUUACCAAACUCAUUUUCAACGAGUUCUGUUUCAGUUCAUGUUGUACGUGUACAAUCAUUAAAUGUAAACUCCUCUCUACGGAAUUAUGAAAUGAAACCCCGUUAAUUACCAGAAUUAAUAGUUCAGGGUCGCAAGAGAAUAAUUUCUGGUGGUCGCCAGAUGGUCGUAAAGAAAUAACUUUCACAAACAUCAAGGAAACAAUGAAUCUUAGUGAGAAACUCUGUGUGUCAACAUAGAUUCAGUUUGUUUACAGGAAAAUGCAGCAGCUCAUCUUAAUCUUUGUUUACUUGAGUUUUACAGCCGAGCUCCACUCGUCUCACAACUGACAGAAACACGGACAAACUGACUGAACAAAUCAAAUGAUGCUUGAAGCUUUACAAUGAAUCUCCUGCUGCUUUGCUCAGCGAGUGAAACUCUUCAAGGCUUCACCCCAGACUCCAAAUUUUCUGAAUCAUUUCGAUUGUUGAGGACAGAACCAGUUUGAGAUCAGAUUUCCCAGAAACCGUCUCACUUCAGGAGGACGUGCCGGUUCGGCCCGUUUCGCCCCAGUUCUCUGAAAGACGGUUUUAUUAUUCGACCUCUGGUACUGAACCCAGUGGUGGUCGCAGCCUCCGCCCACACAGCUGCGAUACAGUGGAGCCUCUUCUGUGAGCCGCAUGAAUGUGCAGAUUAAUAUGAGGGGAAGCAUAAAAGGAAUUGAUUGAGCAGAUGGACGUUAUGUCAUCGUGACAGAUGGACGGUAUCUGGCAGUGGAGGAGUGUGUUCCUUUCAAAUUGUGUGCGUGUGCAUGUGAGCCCUAUUUGUUUCCUCUGAAUCAUGAGUAUUCACCAGGUAGUAAUUUAAAUAAUUGCAAAUAAUAGUCAGCAGGUAAUAAAGUGGAAUUUCUGGAUAAAUAUCAAAUCUACAGUGAAUCAUGGGAAUAAUUCAAACAUCCACGCUAACGGAGAAUAAGAGCGCGACCGAUCUGGACCUUUGAAUCGCUAAUAUUAAGUAGUUGAAUAUUUACGAUGCUAAUAUAUCGUCUGAUUCAUAUAUUUAAAAACAUUGUUAUCAAACCUGUCGGACCUGUGUCUAAGUUUAUCUAUAUUUACAUUAUUUAUUAUUGUUUUUAUUUGUAAGCAUGUUCCCCUUUCAGGUGUCGGGGGCAACAACAGCAGAUGAAUUGAAUCUUCUGCAUUUCUUAUUAUGUUUAUUAUGUUUAUCUUGCUUUAAAUUGGAUUUAUUUUGGGACGUUUUGUGUCCAUGCAGUGAAACAACAGGACAUUGAUAUUCGGGACAAACCCGUGGACACAAUCGGAGUAACUUGAUCUCUUGUCCUCAUUAAAUUAAUCCCAGGAUAACUUUUCAUAGGAGGACAAGUAAUCACUCAAUAACAGACAUGUAAGUGCGUCAGACUCACAGAAUUUAAUAUUUCCCUUAACACUGAACACAUAAUGGGACGGUUAUGGGUUUUAAAAAUGUAUUUUGUUUGAGAAAUCCUUGUAAAAAAUACAUGUGGAUUUUCAAGGUUCAACGAUUCUUAUCACAAUUGAUUUCACGAGGACACAAACAUCCAGUAACUGAAGUUUGUACUUGAACGUGUGUGGAUGUGAAUUUAACUUCUGCUGAUUCGACAGCUGAAUGAUUUGCUCCACGUUUGCAGAUCUAAGCUUUAUUCAAUAGAUCUGCUGUGAAAUCAAUUUCCCGCUUAUUCAAAACCCCCCCGUCAACAAUCUCCAUCAAUAAUUCAGAGCAGGACGAAUCUAUUCAUUAUUAAUCCGACUGUAAUGUUUUCAACACGUACUCAGGCGGAGGCGGCGGUUCCACAGUGAUGAUGAAGCAGGGAUUUGAACGCGUGUCUUCUAUCGGCUACCGUGUAGCAUCGAACCUUCUGUUGCUCCUCUGUUCUCGUUGUGGCUCAGGUUUCUAGAUCCUGACGUUUUAAAAGUAUCUCAAUUGUUGGGAAGCUGUUAAUAUAUCGAGUCAUGAAAAUGUCUGAAAUAUUUUAUGAGUGUAUUUAAACUGGAUAUUUAUAAGUACGGACAAUAAAAACCCAUAAAGGA